AUGGCAAAACGCACUGAUAAUGCCGACUACGAUGCCGGCGAAACGUUUGAGAAAGUACUACGUCCACUGUCUGAGGCUGGGAAACAUGUCAACUACUAUGGUAGACGACUUCUGAUUAGGUUAUUCUUCUGGCAAUUUUACCUUUCAUCCUUCGUGAUUUGCCAGACAUUUGUGCAUCUGAAUGCCUUCAUGGAUGUGACCUACGAAAGGCAGAAUGCCAAGCGAUCCAACAGCUAUCUGUUGCCAUGCGACAGUUAA